AUGAAACUCAUUUCGCUCAAGGCCGCCAUAAUUUUCAUCCAGGUCGCUUCAGGCCUCAAACAUCUCAACAUGUACAGCGACGAUAACUGUGACAAUUGGAUUGGUCAGAUCAAUGACGAUACUGGUGCUAAAGGCACUUUCGCGCCUGGUACUCACUCAGUUAUGCUUGUCGACUGUGGCAAAGGUCUCAACAUGUACGGAGGGUACAUGUUCCAUUACGGCAGUAACCAUAAUGGUCGUUGGUCUGCGGCGUACUGUUCUGGGCCAUGGUCUACUUGCGGAGGACAAAACAACAAAUGCAUCAAACUAGCCAGUGGUGUUGGCUCGUGGUCUGCGAGAGACUGUUCGGGCUAG